CAAUCCUCCUCCCUUCGCCAGAAAGGAAAUGAUUCCUCGUUCUUCCUCCUCCUACGACGACGAUUCACUGGUUAAUCUCCCCGCUGGUGACCACUCUAGUUCAGCUUCUCUUCGACCUGCGCCGACUUCGAAGAACUGUCAGCUCUCGACUCUUCGACGCCGGACAUACGGCGCCUGAAUCUCGCAUCAGCCUAUUUCUCAGGGUUCGAUUAUUUUGAGGUUGACAAUCGAGAUUGGCGUGAUCGAUCUGGUCAGUUGUCGGCCUUUGGAGACGAUAGUUCACAGGAAACCAGUCACGGCAAUGAGGAGCAGUAGAUAGACAAUCGCCAGGGCCAACUGAACUUUCAGAAAGAAUCUAUAAUGUCUGGUAACCAAAGGAUGGGGAAUCUUGCUGUUGACAAUCAUGUUAAGUACAUUUUAUCGGUUGAAAAGAGGAAAGAUGAUUUCGAGUCCGUGGUGAUGGAGCAUUUGAGAUUGAAUGGAGUGUACUGGGGACUGACCACCUUGGACCUCUUAGGAAAACUCGAUACUGUUGAUGCUGAUGAAGUUGUUACGUGGAUCAUGAAAUGCCAACACGAGUCGGGUGGUUUUGGCGGCAACAUCGGACAUGACCCACAUAUAUUGUAUACAAUCAGCGCGGUGCAGGUUUUGGCCCUUUUUAACAAGUUGCACGUUCUUGAUAUCGAAAAAGUUGCAAGCUAUAUUUCUGCUCUGCAAAAUGAGGACGGUUCUUUUUCUGGGGACAUAUGGGGUGAAGUUGAUACACGGUUCUCGUAUAUCGCUAUAUGCUGUCUUUCGAUACUACGCCGCUUGGAUUCAAUUAACGUGGAGAAGGCCGUUAACUACAUUGUGAGCUGCAAAAAUGUAGAUGGUGGAUUUGGUUGCACACCUGGUGGAGAAUCUCAUGCAGGGCAGAUAUUCUGUUGUGUGGGUGCUCUAGCUAUUACAGGGGCGCUACAUCACAUUGACAAGGACCUUCUUGGAUGGUGGUUAUGUGAAAGGCAAGUAAAAAAUGGAGGUCUGAAUGGGCGCCCUGAGAAACUUCCCGAUGUUUGCUACUCCUGGUGGGUGCUCUCUAGCUUGAUUAUGAUUGAUAGAGUUCACUGGAUUGACAAACAGAAGCUUGGAAAUUUCAUUUUAGAUUGUCAGGAUACAGAAAAUGGAGGAAUCUCGGAUAGACCAGAUGAUGCUGUUGAUGUAUAUCAUACUUUUUUUGGAGUAGCCGGACUUUCACUUCUUGAAUUCCCGGGUGUGAAGGCGAUAGAUCCAGCUUAUGCUUUGCCGGUUGAUGUUGUAAACAGAAUUUUCUUCGGCCGCUGAGAUGCUGGCUUUUCUGGACGCCUAUUGCCCCUCACACUAAUACAAAUCGCGAUUCAGGGACAUGUUUACGGUUGGCAGCUUCAUCGCAGUGUGAGAACAUCAUUAUUUACUCGUUUUGAAGUUCUCGUAUACUUGGUGCCGUUCAUCUUAUCCAAAGGGGAGCUGAUGAACCUAUAUGGAUUAUGAUAUAUAUAGCUGAUGACUAGAUUUUAUUGCCCAUGCUUCUUGUCGAGGGACCUGCUGAACUGUUAUGGAAAUAGACCGAAUCUGCUGACUGUUUCAUUUCCAUUCAAUGGCACCAAUUUCUUUUAAUUCCUGCUA